UCAGCUCACAACUCAUAGCAAGAUGGCCACGUUUAGAGCUGUUCUGUCUCUCACGAAUGCUCGAACAUCAGUGACUAGCGGACUUGUGGGACAUGCGGCUAAGGUUAUUGGAGUGUCAGCCUCCAAACAAAGAGAGAAAUGUACAUAUACGGGACAAAUCAUACCUCCCCCUGCGCGGUAUGGCGGUAGACACACCGUCACACUGAUUCCAGGGGACGGGAUUGGCCCAGAGCUGCUCAACCAUGUGCGUGAGCUCUUCAGAUUCAGCUGUGUACCUUUGGACUUUGAGGUGGUAAAUAUCAACUCUUCCAUAACUAGCGAGGAUGACAUUAAUAAUGCCAUCACAGCCAUACGCCGCAAUGGAGUUGCUCUAAAAGGUAACUUGGAGACAAAUCACACAUUGCCCCCUUCACACAAGUCCAGGAACAACGUUUUACGCACUGGCCUCGACUUGUAUGCCAACGUGAUGCGCUGCCAGUCUCUUCCAGGAGUGCAGACGCGGCACAAGAAUAUAGACAUCAUCAUCAUCAGGGAGAACACAGAGGGCGAGUACAGCAGCCUGGAGCACGAGAGUGUGCCUGGCGUGGUGGAAAGCCUGAAGAUCAUCACACGGAACAACUCACUUCGUAUCGCCGAUUACGCAUUUCAGCUGGCCAGGGAGAAGGGGCGGCGCAGGGUCACAGCCGUGCACAAGGCCAACAUCAUGAAACUGGCUGAUGGGCUCUUUCUACAGUGCUGUAGGGAGGUAGCCUCUGGAUACCCUGAUAUCGCCUUCGACAGCAUGAUUGUAGAUAACACCACUAUGCAGCUAGUUUCCAAACCUCACCAGUUUGACGUCAUGGUGAUGCCCAAUCUCUAUGGCAACGUGGUCAGCAAUGUGUGCGCCGGUCUGGUAGGAGGGCCUGGUUUGGUGCCUGGUGCCAACUACGGCCAUAAUUACGCAGUAUUUGAAACAGCUACUAGGAACACCGGCAAGAGCAUCGCUGGACGGAACAUUGCCAACCCCACAGCAAUGCUACUGGCCAGCUGUCUCAUGCUGGACCAUCUGAAACUUCAUGACUAUGCCAGCAUGAUUCGUAAUGCUGUUUUCGCCACUAUGAAUGAGUCUCUGUUGCAUACACCAGACAUCGGGGGGCAGGGCACCACUUCAGAGAUGGUGCAGUCCGUGAUGAGAAACAUAAAGAGCAGCGGACCCCUCACUACAGAGCUGUGAUCCGCGACAGCGGACCCCUCACUACAGAGCCAUGAUCCAUGAGCUCUACACCUGUCCAACCCUCCACUGUACAGAAGCACUCUGGUGGGUGUGGCAUGUUACACAGGCAAAUGUGUAGUGAUAUGUAAUUUGCUUAAAAUGUCCACUGUUCCUUUUGUUUACCUUUUUGAUGAAGUUUAUGUAAAAUCCUUUGAACUAAUGUCCUUUGCUGUAUAGAUGGUUCCUCUUUCUAGGAAGUGCCACUACACCACCUGAAGCUUCUUCUAUAUGAACUCUUGGUCCUUACCAUUGAGCCAGCCAUUCAUAGCUGAUGUUUUUUUUAGGUUCAGAGAUCAGUUUGGAUCCCAGUGUCUUUGUAUGUCAUCUGAUGUUGUUGAUACCAUCCUGGGUCACCUGUAUGUUAAACACCCAAUGUACAUAAAUGGUUAUGUAGUUAUCUUUCGUAUGUUGUUUAUUAUAUAGACCCCAUGUGAGGUUCACCUUGGCCAAAAUACAUUCCAUGAUUAACUACAGAAAUAAAUUCCAUGAUUAACUUUGUUUUUUUGAGCUGGCCUUAAUACUAGAUAUUAGAUUAUAAUGGGUCUCACAACAUUCCAUACACAACCUGGAUCUCCCUUUUUAUAAUAAUGUUUCUAGUUAAGUCUUAUGAUGCAUAUAGUAGCCAUAUUCGGGGUUUCCACUAUUGCACGAUUAUACCAUGAACAUAAUACUUCAUUCUGUCAUACUGUAACUUAACCAGCACAAUCAUUAUUUGAUCUCUUAGUACUUAUUGUAUUUUCAGUGUGCAAUUGUACUGACUGUGCCAUAAUGGUAGUUCAAAUGGUUAAAACCUUGAUUUGAUGAUUUUACACACAUUAUGUGGCUUAAGAGCAUAUCAGUAAAGUGGCUCUUUAACUUUC